CCCCCCUCUCCCCCCCUCCAAAAAAGGGGGGACCUAGAAAACAUCAGUCUUGAACUUCUUCCUCUUCAAGAGCUCGGGCUGCAAAGGAAACCUCCUUUGUUUUUGUUAUUUAUAUGCUGUCAAGUUUUGAAGUGGUGAUCUUUAGAGGCGGGACUGAGUAUGGAUCAUUUGAACGAGGCAACUCAGGGGAAAGAACAUUCAGAAAUGUCUAACAAUGUAAGCGAUCCGAAGGGUCCACCAGCCAAAAUUGCGCGCUUGGAACAGAAUGGGAGCCCAUUAGGAAGAGGAAGACUUGGAAGUACAGGAACUAAAAUGCAAGGAGUGCCUUUAAAACACUCUGGACACCUGAUGAAAACUAAUAUUAGAAAAGGAAGUAUGCUUCCAGUUUUCUGUGUAGUGGAACAUUACGAAAAUGCCAUUGAGUAUGAUUCUAAGGAGGAGCAUGCAGAAUUUGUGUUGGUGAGGAAGGAUAUGCUUUUCAACCAACUGAUUGAAAUGGCGUUGCUAUCACUUGGAUAUUCUCACAGCUCUGCUGCCCAAGCAAAAGGGCUUAUCCAGGUUGGGAAGUGGAAUCCAGUUCCACUCUCCUAUGUGACAGAUGCCCCUGAUGCUACAGUGGCAGACAUGCUGCAAGACGUGUAUCAUGUGGUCACACUGAAAAUCCAGUUACACAGUUGCCCUAAACUAGAAGACUUGCCUCCUGAACAAUGGUCUCACACAACAGUAAGAAAUGCUCUGAAGGACUUACUGAAGGAUAUGAACCAGAGUUCAUUGGCCAAGGAAUGUCCCCUUUCACAGAGUAUGAUUUCUUCCAUUGUGAACAGCACUUACUAUGCAAAUGUCUCAGCAGCAAAAUGUCAGGAAUUUGGAAGGUGGUAUAAACAUUUCAAGAAGGCAAAAGAUAUGAUGGUUGAGAUGGAUAGCCUUUCUGAACUAUCCCAGCAAGGUGCCAACCAUGUCAACUUCGGUCAGCAGCCGGUCCCAGGGAACACAGCCGAACAGCCUCCAUCCCCUGUUCAGCUUUCUCAUGGUAGUCAACCAUCAGUUCGGACCCCGCUUCCAAACCUGCACCCUGGACUUGUAUCUACUCCCAUUAGCCCUCAGCUGGUAAAUCAGCAGCUGGUAAUGGCCCAGUUGCUGAACCAGCAGUAUGCAGUGAACAGACUUCUAGCCCAGCAGUCCUUAAACCAACAGUACUUGAACCACCCUCCUCCUGUCAGUAGAUCCAUGAACAAGCCGUUGGAGCAGCAGGUCUCAACAAACACAGAGGUGUCUUCCGAAAUCUACCAGUGGGUCCGUGACGAACUGAAACGAGCAGGAAUCUCACAGGCAGUAUUUGCACGUGUGGCUUUUAACCGAACUCAGGGCUUGCUCUCAGAAAUCCUCCGAAAGGAAGAGGAUCCCAAGACUGCCUCGCAGUCCUUACUGGUAAACCUUCGGGCUAUGCAGAACUUCUUGCAGCUGCCAGAAGCCGAACGAGAUCGAAUUUACCAGGACGAAAGAGAAAGGAGCUUGAACGCAGCCUCUGCGAUGGGCCCCGCACCUCUCAUAAGCACACCGCCUAGCCGGCCUCCACAAGUCAAAACAGCUACUAUUGCUACAGAGAGGAAUGGAAAAACAGAAAAUAAUUCCAUGAACAUUAAUGCUUCCAUUUACGAUGAGAUUCAGCAGGAAAUGAAGAGAGCCAAGGUGUCUCAAGCACUGUUUGCAAAGGUUGCGGCAACCAAAAGCCAGGGGUGGCUCUGUGAGCUGUUACGUUGGAAAGAAGAUCCCUCACCAGAGAACAGGACCCUCUGGGAGAAUCUCUCCAUGAUCCGAAGGUUCCUCAGUCUUCCUCAGCCUGAACGCGAUGCCAUUUAUGAACAAGAAAGCAAUGCAGUUCAUCACCAUGGUGACAGGCCUUCCCACAUUAUCCAUGUGCCAGCAGAACAGAUUCAGAGCCCCUCUCCCACCACCCUUGGGAAAGGAGAGCAUAGAGGCGCUUUCUUACCAGGCCUGCUGACCGCUGGACCUUGGCUGGGUGCUGCUCCUCAGCAGCAGCAGCAGCAGCAGCAACAGCAACAACAGCAGCAGCAACAGCAACAGCAACCAGGUCCCAGACUACCCCCAAGGCAACCGACAGUAGCAUCACCAGCUGAAUCUGAGGAUGAAAAUCGUCAGAAACCCCGACCGCGAACAAAGAUUUCUGUUGAAGCCCUAGGGAUCCUACAGAGUUUCAUACAAGACGUAGGCCUGUAUCCAGACGAAGAAGCAAUCCAGACUCUCUCCGCUCAGCUUGACCUGCCCAAGUACACCAUUAUCAAGUUCUUUCAGAACCAACGAUAUUAUCUCAAGCACCAUGGGAAGCUGAAGGACAAUUCUGGUUUAGAGGUGGAUGUUGCAGAGUACAAGGAAGAAGAGUUGCUCAAGGAUUUAGAAGACAGCAUCCAAGACAAAAAUGCAAACACGCUUUUCUCAGUUAAACUAGAAGAAGAGUUAUCAGUAGAAGGGAACACAGAGAUUAAUGCUGAAUUGAAAGACUGAUCUAAAAGUAUUAUUUUCUUUCAACAGUGCCACUGGUAUUUACUAAUGAAAUGAAAAUUCCAUCUUGCGUUCUGUCAAAAACCUUUAUUAUUCAUUGUUUGGCCAAUGAAUCUUCCAAAACUUGCACAAAAGUUGAAAAAAGGAUAAUGCAGACUGCACUAGAUGUUUUACUCUGUUUUACAAACUGCUUCGCAGCAACAGAUGAAGCGUUGAGGAUUGUUUGAUAUUAAUUUGUGUUCACUGGAUACACUGUGAGUGUACCCAAUAAGCAUGAUACCAGUGAUUUUGAUUCUGGAGCCUUCAGACAAGCAUUACAACUUUUGUGAUUUACUGUUUUUUGUUUCUGUUUUGUUCUUGUUUUUUUUUAAUUAUUACUGUAGCACUCCACACUUGAUCUUUGGAAACUCACAUUUAUUUAAAAAAAAUAAAAUAAAAAGAGUUUGUUACUCUUGUUCUAUUGUAUGUUACAAAAGAACUAUAGACUGUGGAAUGCAGUUUAAAGAUAACAUAUGCCAACAAAUGCCUUGUAUUAUAUGGCACUGCCGUAAUUCAGAUUUGUUUUCUUUUGGAAAUAAAGGUCACUGUAUUUUUUUUUUCCAUUCUCAUUGUUACAUGGUUUUAAAGAAAAUGAAAAAGAAAAUGUGAAACACAAUUUAGUCCUCAUUAUUUAUUUGUAGAUCCUGCAGCAUCAUGUUGUAAUUAAUUUUUUUGGAAGUUUCCGUUAAAUGUAAUAUUGCUUCUCUUGUUAUCAUACUGAUUUUUUUUUUCUAUUUAUAAAUGUAUUUUGAUGGGCAGUAAAACAAAGUGUCUUAAAAGUUUUAAAUAGAGAAAAUGUGCUUUACACAGUUGCCUAUAAAAAGUGCUCUAUGUUAUCCAAGCAAUUCAUACUAUAAGCUUCACUCUUAUUGUUGUAUGCAAUUUUUACUAUCAUGCAAAUAAGCUUAGGUAAAUAAAACUAAUAGAUCACCUUAGAAACUUAUGCAAUUAAUGUGAAAAUAAUUGAUGUUUGCAAUGUGUCUUCCUUUGGUUUACAAUCAAUUUUAAAGCUACAGCUGUAUAAAUUUUCUGUAUAAAGGUGUAUUUCUUUUUUAUGAGUUUAUUGCUAUGAAAACACCAGUUAUUUUGUUACAGCUGGCUGUUUUUAUAAGUGUAUCACAAUUUUCUUUAUGCAGAAAUGUUCUGACUAGGAGUGGUUAUUGACUGUAACUACACAAUUAAAAUUGUUUGUAUGGUAU